AUGGAUAACCUAAAUUAAAAGGAGAAUAUAUGCCUUAUAUCUAAAUAAGGUUAAAAGGUUUUUUUUAAAAAAGAAUUAGCUAAACUAGCUGACUUGAUUAGCCAUUCUGAGUUGGAAGAAGAUAUUCCAGUUAGCGAAAUAUCUACUGAAGUUUUAGAUAAAAUAAGAGAAUUUUGUGAAACUCAUAAUUACAAUUCAGAUACAAUGACUUACUAAUUCCCUUUUCUCUCAGCUAAACUAAAAGAAAAUAUAGAUGAGAAAUCUUAUUAAGUUUUAAAAGAGUAUGAUAUUGAAAAUACCGAAUUAAGAAUCUAAAAAUUAUCACCACUUUUAGAGGCAGCGUUUUAUUUAGGUUUUACUAAGUUGAAAAAAAUAAUUAAUACAUGCAUCUAAGUAAUAUUUUAUUGUGGACCCUCUGAAGAAGAGCAAGUGUAGUUUAUGGAAAAAUGGGGUCUUGAUGAUGAAGAUCUAACAGAAGACAUAAAACAAGAAUGUAAAGAAUAAUUUAGCUAGUUAAUAAAGGGAUAUUAACAGGGAAUGAAAUCAGAAUUAGAAGUCUUAUUUAAGCAGUAUUAGGAUGGAAAGAAGAAAUGA